AUGUUCGAUUCAAUUAAGCAGUCCGCCCUCUACCAGGAGCUUAGCCUCCGCCUGGUCUUCAUUGGGUGUUUCGUCUCCCUGGGAGCCAUGGGCUUUGGUUUUGACAACUCCUGGUGGGGAGGCGCUCUUGGUCUAUCGCCAUUUGGCAAGAAAUAUGGUUCGUGGGACGCCGCCGAGAAUGACUAUAGCAUCCCGUCGGAGAAGCAGUCAGCUGGUACAGGUACCGGCUCGGCCGGUAUCAUCGUCGGCUGUCUGGUUGCGCCUUGGCUCUGCUCGACGCUCGGUCGCAAGCCGACCCUGCUGGUCAUGGCCGGCAUGUUGGCCAUCGGAGUUGUGCUCGAGGCGUCUGCUGUUACGUCCUUCUGGCAGCUGGUCGUUGGUCGCAUUGUGGUCUAUUCUGGAAUUGGUCUCGCCUCCAAUGUGGUUCCUAUGUAUCAGUCAGAAUGUGCACCUGCAAAGAUUCGAGGUGCAUUUUUGACUGCGUACUCAUUCUGGAACACUUUUGGUUCCUUCUUGGGUACCCUGGUUGUCUAUCUAUGUCAGAACUUGACAAAUGAGUGGGCCUACCUCACCGUAAUCCUCUGCCAGCUCAUAGUUCCACUUGGAAUCCUCUGCUCAUACCCUUUCCUUCCUGAAACCCCACGUUAUCUGGUUUAUCGAGGACGGUUUGAAGAGGCCGAAGCAGCGAUUAAAGAUCUCUACGGGCCCAACUAUAAUGCGGCAGAGGAGGUUCAGCUCUUGCGGCUUCAAGUUGAGGAGCAAAGAGAGCUACACAAGGCCACCAGUGUCAUGGAUUGCUUCAAAGGUUCUAACUUGCCACGAACUAUUGUCGCCAUGGGUGUUCAGAUUCUGCAACAGGCUCAAGGAAUCUCUUUCAUCAACAAUUUCAUCGUCACAUUCAUGAAACAGCUAGGCUUUGCCGACCCCUUGAAAUACAACGUGAUCGUCAUUGCAUGCGGACUGGUCGCCAACGUCAUCUCCUUCUACACCUUUGACAAGAUCGGCCGACGCACCAACAUGUUCUGGGGUGCUUUCAUCAUGGGAGCCAUGAUGCUGGGCGUGGGUGGUACGACUGCUAAUGGCUACUCAGUCCUCUCCCCGAUGACCCAAAACGGCUGCGUUGCCAUGCUGGUCCUAUGGUACUUCUUCUAUGGUCUGUCGUGGGGCCCUGGCGUGUGGAUUCUUGGUGGAGAGAUUGGAACUGGCCAGUUGCGCGAGCACACGCUGCUUUUGUCGUCGCUGGGUAGUUUCGUCACCUCUGUCCCCAUCAACUUUGUCAAUCCCUACGUCCAGGCUGCUAUUGGAGGUCGUACCGCGAUCAUCUACGGCAGUUUCUCUGUAGCUGCGAUGGUGUUCGUUUACUUCUUGCUGCCGGAGACCAAAAAUCGCUCGCUGGAGGAGCUUGACGAGAUGUUCCAGCAGAAGAUUCCGACACGCAAGUUCAAGGGCUAUGUAUGCACUGGCCUGGGUGCUCAAAUUCGGCAGCUUGAAAAUAAGGAGGAUGUGGCAGAGAUGAAGAGUAAGGAGAUUGAGCAUGUGGAAGCUGCGCUGUGA